CGCGCUGUGCUUGACAUUUUGAAGCUGCUCCUCCGGGGUGUUUGAACAGGAAGGCGGACAUGUUGGCCGAGCUGUGUGAGAAAAUUGUGCACAGUAUGCGAUUGUUUUCCGAAAACUAAAACACAUAUUACGUGAUUCCUAUUUAUAUUUAGUGUGAGAGCUCUUGCAGUUCGGACGGGGGAAACAGCCGCCACUCAUUGACAGCUGAGAGGACCUAGCGGAAGGACUGCCGUUGAAAACGUUAUAUCGACUCCGUGUUUAAACUUCGAAAUUUGGAAGAAGCAGAAGUUUUUCCACCACCACUUCUACUUUUGAGCUGUCAGAUUGUGGCUUUCUGCGGGGACCUGGUACAGCUAUGGGAGCACGCCUGUAUUUGUCUUCUCUCUAACUAUUUUUGAACAUUGCAUUUACUUAUAAUUGCCUUUUGUUUGGAACGUUUUAAGCCCUUAUCCUCAGCGGCAUCCUACGGAGGUUGUCUAAUCUGUUGCCGCAUUUAUCUUUGCCACUGAAGUUGUUUGCCACUUGUACUGAGGGGGGGGGGACACCUUCCCCGACUUGGAAAAUGUGGAGUGGUAGGUGCCACCUUAACGCCUUGAUUGUCUGUGGAAGCUGUGGGACAACGAUGCAUUUUCUUUGAGGACUGUACUUGACAGCAAAGAUGAGCGCAGGAGACGCCAUGGAGGCUCGGUUUGAGAAAAUCGAUGCCAUGUUACAAGACCCCAAGUCGGAAAUAAACACGGAUUGUCUACUGGAUGGCUUGGACGCGCUUGUAUACGACCUCGACUUCCCUGCCCUUAGGAAAAACAAGAGCAUUGACAACUUCUUGAAUAGAUAUAAAAAAACAAUUAGUAAAAUCCGUGAUCUACGAAUGAAAGCAGAGGACUAUGAGGUGGUUAAAGUUAUUGGAAGAGGUGCAUUUGGAGAGGUUCAAUUGGUAAGACACAAAUCCACACGUAAAGUAUACGCCAUGAAGCUGCUGAGCAAGUUUGAGAUGAUCAAAAGGUCAGACUCUGCUUUCUUCUGGGAAGAGAGAGACAUCAUGGCUUUUGCCAACAGUCCAUGGGUUGUGCAGCUCUUUUUCGCAUUCCAAGAUGACCGCUACCUCUACAUGGUGAUGGAAUACAUGCCUGGUGGGGAUCUGGUUAACUUGAUGAGCAACUAUGACGUCCCAGAGAAGUGGGCCCGCUUUUAUACAGCGGAGGUGGUGUUAGCGCUGGAUGGAAUCCACUCCAUGGGCUUCAUUCACAGAGAUGUAAAACCUGAUAAUAUGUUGCUCGACAAAGCAGGUCACUUAAAACUUGCAGACUUUGGAACGUGCAUGAAGAUGAAUGAGGAUGGGAUGGUACAAUGUGACACAGCAGUUGGAACUCCAGACUACAUUUCGCCUGAGGUACUCAAAUCCCAAGGAGGAAAUGGCAACUAUGGCAGAGAGUGUGACUGGUGGUCAGUAGGAGUGUUUCUUUAUGAGAUGCUUGUUGGCGAUACGCCUUUCUACGCAGACUCAUUGGUGGGGACUUACAGUAAAAUCAUGAACCACAAGAAUGCCCUGACCUUCCCGGAUGACAGUGACAUUUCCAACGAUGCCAAAAAUCUCAUUUGUGCUUUCUUGACUGACAGGGAAGUUCGGCUCGGCCGUAAUGGAGUAGAUGAGAUCAAGAGGCACCCUUUCUUCAAAAAUGACCAAUGGACAUGGGACAACAUCCGAGAGACCGCUGCCCCUGUGGUGCCUGAACUCAGCAGUGAUAUAGACACCAGUAAUUUUGAUGACAUCGAAGAAGACCGGGGAGAGGAGGAGACCUUUCCCAUACCGAAGGCCUUUGUGGGCAAUCAGCUCCCUUUUGUCGGCUUCACGUAUUACAGCAAUCAACAUCCUUUGCGUGGAUCUGCUGCCUCAAAGGCCAGCGACAAACGUAGCAGUUCAACAAAAGAGGACAAGAGUCAUCUGGAGAACCUGCAAAAACAGAUCUACCAAUUAGAGGAGCAACUCCACAGAGAAAUGCAACAAAAAGAUGAGCUGGAACAGAAAUGCAGGGCAUCAAACACAAAGAUUGAGAAGAUUAUGAAGGAGUUGGAUGAGGAGGCGAACCUGAGGAAGAGUGCAGAAGCCAGCGUGUCUCUGCUGGAGAAAGACAAGAUUAUGCUGCAGCACAGAUUCACCGAGUACCAAAGAAAAGCUGACCAGGAGGGAGAAAAGAGGCGCAACUUAGAGAAUGAAGUGUCGAAUUUAAAGGAGCAGCUUGAAGAUAUGAGGAAGAUCAGUCAGAACUCGCAGGCCUCAAAUGAUAAGAUUGUCCAAUUGCAGAAGCAGCUGGAGGAGGCAAACGACCUGUUGAGAGCGGAGUCGGACACAGCGGCGAGACUGAGGAAGAGCCACACGGAAAUGGCGAAGUCGAUGAGCCAACUGGAGACUUUGAACCGUGAGCUGCAGGAGAGGAGCCGGGCCGCCGAUGGAGAGAAGGCGCAGCUGGAGAAGGAGCUGCUGCUGCUUCAGAGCACGCUGGAGUCGGAGCGGAGAAACUACAGCGAGGGAUCAGAGGAGAUGAGGGAACUGCAAGCGAGAUUGGCCAGUCUGCAAGAAGACAACAAAAACUUGAAGAUCAAUCUUUCCAAAGUGGAGGGAGAACGCAAGCAUGCCCAGGAACGGAGCAACUACCUGGAGAAGGAAAAGAACAGUUUGGAGAUUGACCUGAACUACAAGCUGAAGACCCUGCAGCAGCGUCUGGAGCAGGAACAAACUGAGCACAGAGUGACGCGGGCGCAGCUCACAGACAAAUACGAAUCUAUUGAAGAAGCCAAAUCAGCUGCUAUGAUUGCUGUUCAGCAGAAGAUGUCAGAAGAGACCGGAGCAAGGAUAAGAGCAGAGGGCCGUGUGGUGGAGGUUGAGAAGCAGUGCUCGAUGUUGGAGUUUGACCUGAAGCAGUCCGUGCAGAAAAUGGAACAGCUGAUGAAGCAAAAAGAAAGACUGGAAGAUGAGGUGAAAGGUUUGCACACACAUCUGGAUCAGGAGUCAAGUAAGCGCGUGGCGGCCCAGAACGACCUGAAGAGCCGCACGCAGGACGUGGACCGCCUGAGGUGUUCGGAGAAGCAGCUCAAGCAGGAGAUCAACACGGUGCUGGAGAGUAAACGCUCACUGGAGUUCCAGCUGGCACAGCUGACAAAACAGUACAGAGGCAACGAAGGACAGAUGAGGGAACUUCAGGACCAGCUUGAAGCCGAACAGUAUUUUUCUACACUUUACAAAACUCAGGUUAGGGAGCUGAAAGAGGAAAUAGAGGAUCGGAACCGGCAGGUACAAGACGCUCAGAAGAAGAUGCAUGAUUUGAUAAGUGAAAGAGACUCACUGUCUGCUCAGCUGGAUCUGACGGUGACCAAGGCUGAGUCUGAGCAGCUCGCUCGGGCUCUGCAGGAAGAGCAGUACUUUGAACUCAGCCAGGAGAGCAAGAAAGCAACGGCUCGGCAUAAGCAGGAGAUCGGUGAACGAGAGGCCACUAUUGCACAGCUUGAGGAAUCCAAUAAAACUUUGACCAAAGACGUGGACCACCUCAGCAAAAACAAUACGGAGUUGAGCGAGAAGCUUCGUCUUCAGGAGGAAGAAUACUUCUCCCAGAAGGAAGAGAUCAUGGCUUCAGUCAAAGCCAACUAUGAGAAGGUGCUCCAAACUGAGCGCACAUUGAAGACUCAGGCUGUGAACAAGCUGGCUGAGAUCAUGAAUCGUAAAGACAUGAAGCUCGACCAGAAGAAGAAAGGUAGCACCGCAGAACUGCGCAAGAAGGAGAAAGAGAACCGCAAGCUUCAGCAGGAGCUCAAUCAGGAGAAAGAGAAGUUUAACCAAAUGGCCAUCAAGUGCCAGAAGGAGGUCAACGAGAUGCAGGCGCAACUCGCAGAAGAAUGCACAUAUCGCAACGAGCUGCAGAUGCAACUGGCCAGCAAGGAUAGCGACAUCGAGCAGCUGCGCGAGAAGCUGAACGACUUGCAGCAGCGUGUGGAGAAUUCCAGCGUCACCAGCCUGCAGACGGAUGAAACAGACGGUAACACUGCAGAAUCCAGACUGGAGGGUUGGUUGUCCAUUCCUAAUCGUGGUAAUAUUAAGCGAUAUGGAUGGAAAAAACAGUAUGUUGUGGUGAGCAGUAAGAAGAUUCUGUUCUACAAUGAUGAGCAAGAUAAAGAACAGUCUAACCCCUCCAUGUUACUUGAUAUAGACAAACUGUUUCAUGUGAGACCAGUCACUCAAGGAGAUGUGUACCGAGCCGAAACGGAAGAGAUUCCUCGGAUAUUCCAGAUUCUGUACGCUAACGAGGGAGAGUGCAGGAAGGAAGCGGACUUGGAGCCGGUCCCUCAGGGCGAAAAGACCAACUGUCUCGCACACAAGGGUCACGAGUUCAUCCCCACACUAUAUCACUUCCCCUCCAACUGUGAGGCCUGUGCCAAGCCCCUGUGGCACGUGUUCAAGCCUCCUCCGGCUCUGGAGUGCCGCCGCUGCCAUGUGAAGUGCCACAAGGAUCACCUCGACAAAAAGGAGGACGUCAUUGCUCCUUGCAAAGUGAACUACGACGUGACCUCUGCCCGGGACAUGCUGUUACUGGCUGUGACCCAAGAGGAGCAAAAGAAAUGGAUUGGCCACCUUGGAAAGAAGAUUCCUAAGACCCCCCCAUCAACAUUUUCUAGAGUCUCGCCUCGUAGCAUGUCCACUCGCUCUGGACCCAACCAGUCCUUCCGCAAAAAUCCCAAAAGCAAUACGGCAAAGCUGAGCAGAGCGCAGUCCAGCCUCCAAGCAGCAGACACAACAUCAAGCACUUGUUGACAGGAACUUCUUCAGAAAGUCUUGAUGUUGUAUUUUAGAUGUUUCCUUCUGACCUUCCAAUCUUUUUUAUUUAUUAAUUGCGCUCCUGGGUCAUUUUUUUUAAAAAACAUGAGAUUUCCUGGUUGUUGGGUUUUUUUCCCUUCCUCCUGGGAUCUGUGCAGUUUGACACUUCGGAUUUGUUUUUUCUAAUUGACAUCAAGGUGGUUUGGGAUUCGUGAACUAACUAUAUACUUUGCAACUCUCAUUAGAAUUGUCCGUAUCAGAUUUUUUUUCUGUCAAGCAUGAGCCAGAUUUGAGUUGGUAACAGUUGCAUUAUCUGUUCGACUGAACACUAACAAAUGUAAAGAUAAAUAGUUUUUUUACUGGUGUUUCUUCUGUCUUUCAGCUAACCAUCUGAACCAUUGGGACUUUUUCUGGACUCUAAAACUUUCCCUCUUUUCUCAACAAAAACGGGAAAAAAAGGCUGUAGUAUAUUAAAAAUGUAUUGAAAACUCAAAAUUGCAGAACAGAAGCCGCUGGAAAACUGCAGUUCACGUCACACGGCGCGCCAUCAUGGACUUUAAAAGGCGGAAUCGACUCCAUCUGCUUUCCCCCCUCCUCCUUCUCUUAAAGAAGUGUCAUCAAACUCAACGAACUCACAGUUUUACAUUGCAGCCAGAAGAUGGCGCACUUGUGUUGAACUAAGAACGGACAACAGAAACGGAAGCACUCACUCUGGCAUUCUCUGCUUCAAGUUUUGUGGCAAAUAUUAAUGGAACCUGGAAAGGGGGGAGUGUAUGGACACCUGCAAGUGUGUUUUCAUUUUAUGGUACUGUUAUACAGGGAAUAUAGAUCUGCAGUAAAACGUUGGACCUCAGGGGUGGAAAGUAGAUAUAUCUGUGUAGUCAUUUCUUUCCCCACCUGAUGGAUAUUUCAGCUAAAUGCAACAGUUGUUUCCAACUUUAAAAAAAAUUGACACGAUGCCUUCACCUAACUAUUGUUGUUGGCCUUUUUGCCUUUUUGUUCUUAUCACUUUGCAACUCAGUUAUCAGGUUUGGAGCAGCGUUUUUUCGUGGGGGACAUGAGUAUUAGAUGUUUUGAGUAUUGAGAACAGAGCAUGCAAGAUCAUCAUUUAAAUCUAUGCAUUAUUUUUAUUAUAAUUAUUUUUAUUGCUCCAAGCCAUAAGGAGAACUCGGCUGUAUUGGCAUAUAGGAGUCAAAACUUAACGGAUUUUGUUUUUUGUUUAUUUGGUACAUUGUCUCUGUAAUAUUUUUUUUCUUUUUGUAAUGUAUUGCCUUAUACUGGUUGAUAGAGAAAUGGCUCAAAAGGAAAACAUUAAGUUAACAAAUGUAAAACUGCACUGUUUGACUUGAGUGUAAAUUAUUUGUAGAAGACUAAACAGGUGUAGCAUUUGGCCCACCUUGUGCCUUAACGUUUGGAUAUUGAUUUUACUGCCAUAUCAGUUUUUUUUGUUUGUUUGUUUUGUUUUUGUUGCAACAUAAGACAAAUCUUAACUCUUCCAUUGUCGUUUUUUUUUUUUUUUUAAAGAAUUUGCAGCCGGUUUGGUUUUUAUCAGAACAUUCUUUGUCUGGUUAUGAAUAUUAAAUAUAUAUAAAUACAUUAAAAUACCUCUUUAUGGACACAAAGCUUCCAAACUUGGUUUAUGUCAUAUUAGAAGUUUCACAAAGAGUUUACGCAAAACUAGUCUGUGUGAAUGAUUGACAUAAUAACAAAGACAAGUUGUAUCGCCUGUGUUAAGUUCAAUUAUUGCAAAUCCCCCUAUAGAGUGUACAUAAAGAAAGACAAAAGGAUUAUGGAAUACCUUCACAGUCUUUCCUUUGUAAGAUUUUUAUUUUCGUUUCAGUAAAAAAAGAAAAAGCACUGGAAAUAUGAUCUCUUGUGUUGGAUAAUUUGCAUGGGUAAUUUGCAUUGGACCCCGCACUGAUGGAUAUGUCAAUAAACAUAUCUUUAUCA